AUGCGUUUCACCGUUGCUGCCGCCGUUCUGGCUUCCUCGGCUAUGGCCGCCCAGGAGGUUUCCACCGACUACACCACCAAGCUGAUCACCAUCAUCUCUUGCGCCCCGGAGGUCACCAACUGCCCCGCUGACCAGACUUCCGUCACCUCGACCGUCCUUCCUCUGACCACCAGCACUGUCUACUCCACCCGCCUCAACACCGUUGUCGGCUGCCCCUCCAACGUCGUCAAGUGCCCUGCCAAGAGCACCGUCAUCGAGACCGAGACCAUCGCCGUCUCCACCACUGUCUGCCCCGUCACUGAGACCGAGGCCACUGAGGUUCCCGUGAAGACCACCAGCAUCAAGGUCCCUGUGGAGACCACUCCCACUUACGAGGUCCCCGAGGAGACCACCAGCGUCGAGGUUCCUGAGGAGACUACCCCCACCUACGAGGUCCCUGUGAAGACCACUGGCGAGAACUCCCCCGAGACUCCCUCCGAGACCGUGUCUUACAAGGUCCCCGUUGUCUCCAUCACCACCAAGCCCUCCAACGGCACCGUCCCGGCUGGUUCCACCUACGUUCCCUUCGCCACCACCACCCUGUCGUCUCCCGAGCAGUGUGUUCCCUCUUCCUCGGUGACUGCCAUCACCAAGAGCUACACUACUGUAUACACCUCGGUUGAGUACUCUACCAUUCAGAUCCCCUGCUCUUCUGCUGCCGUCGAGACCUCUUACAUCCCUCCCGUUGCUACCACCCCCGCUGGCGGCAACAGCUCCGUUCCCACCACUAGCAGCACUCCCCCCGUCGUCACUGGUGGCGCUUCCUCUUUCGCCGGCUCUGCCUUCUUCGCCGCUGCUGCCGGCGUUGCCGCUAUUGUCCUUGCUUAA